AUGGCGAGCAACAAACGAAUGAAGGGUGUCAGCGUCUCCCUACCUGUAUACACAUGCAACUUUGCGAUGCCAUUGACAGGCAAAAAAGCAGCCGAUUCGGAUCAUACGCACAAGUGGACUAUAGCAUUACGUGGAUUCCACGGCGAUCUCAGCUUUUGUGUCAAAAAAGUCGUUUUUCGGUUGCACGACACCUAUCCUAAUCCUGUGAGAACCAUCGAGGAACCUCCUUUUGAAUUAUCAGAGACAGGAUGGGGUGAAUUUGAGGUCUUGGUCAAGGUCCAUUUCCAUCCAGCAGCCAACGAAAAAGCAGCACAACUCUAUCAUCACAUCCGGCUACAUCCUUAUCAAGAUGAUCCAUCAGGAGGAACAUGGCCAAAGGAUAAACCAGUAACAAGCUUUGUUUACGAUGAAUUGGUGUUCAACGAGCCUACCGAAUCAUUCUACCAGAUCCUUGCAGACAACAACGUCGUCAACUCAACAGCAUUACCCGUGAGGAAAUACACAGGAAAGGAUUCUACAGUACCUCCCUUCUGCGUUCAAAUGGAACAAGAGGAAUUGGAUCGGUUGGAUAAAGCACAACGUGAAGUGAAUCAACAAAUCCUUGCAUUACGGCAACGAAAAGCAGCAUUGGAACAAGAAAAAGCAUCCGGCAAUUAA